AGUGGCAACCGCGGUUCAAAUACUUUUAUCGAUAAAAAUCGAGAAAUUUCAGCCAACAUUGAAAAAAACCAAAAUUUGAUUUCUAAAUUACACGAAAUCGAAAUGUACUCGAGGAAAAAGAUCAGACAAAAUAUUCCUCCUGUUUCUUGUCGGUGGAAAGAAUGUAAUGAAUUAUUCGAUGACGAUUGGAAAUUGAACGGACAUAUUGAAAAUCAUUUGGAGGAAUUCGAUCAAGAAGGCAGUGAAGUUCUUGAUUGUCAAUGGAAUGAAUGUAGUUUCAAAACCAGUGAUUAUGUUGAAAUCAAGCGGCAUAUUUAUUAUCAUGGGUACUACACUGCGCUUUUAGUAAGAGGAAAAUAUGAAUGUGAACAAAAUCCCACUAUGCCCAAAUGCAGUACACGCGCAAGAGAAUGUGACAAGAUACCUGAAUUAAAAAACGACUUUACAUGUGAGUGGAUGGAUUGUCAACGCACAUUUGUAUCUAUAGUUGAGUUUCAAGAUCACAUUAUUCAGCAUGCAUCAUUUGAAUACGAAAUUCAGAAGUCGCCAAAUGAUACCAGGCCCAAGGUGCAAUGUAAGUGGAGUAUAUGCCGAAAGAUACUGGAAAAUAAAUACAGAUUAAUUGAGCAUAUUCUUACUCAUUCUAACAAAAAGUUUGUGGCCUGUUUUAAUUGUGGUGAAGUUUUCCGGACUAGAACUACGCUAUUUGACCAUCUACGAAGGCAACCAGAGAAUAACACAAAUAAAUUUCAAUGCGACCAGUGCUUUAAAUAUUUUGCCACGGAAAAAUUAUUGCGGUCACAUUUCCUUAAGCACGUAAAUUGCUAUAAGUGCAGCCUCUGUAAUAUGUCCUGUCCAUCUUCAAGCUCUUUAGCGAGGCAUAUACGUUAUCGUCAUCUUAAAGACAAGCCUUUUAAGUGCACUGAAUGUGAACAUCGUUGCGUUCGCAAAUGCGAUCUCGAAAAACAUAUGGAACAUAUUCACAGUAAUAAAGUUCAUCGCUGUCAGCAAGCUGGGUGCAAUUAUGCCGUUCGUACUUACAACUUGUUAAGAAGGCAUUGUUUGGAGGUUCAUGGAAACAGACCAUUCAUAUAUAUGUGUCAUUGCUGCGAUAAAUUGUUUAAACAUAGCAAAUAUUUGUCAGAGCACUUAAUAAAAAAGCAUGACUUCAAACUUCCUUCUGGACACAAAAGAUUUACAUACCGCAUAGACGAAAACGGCUUUUACCUGUUAGAGACAUUGCGAAUAGAAAGCCUCGAAGUAACUAAACAGAUUUUAUCGCCACAUCCGUUGGAAGCAUCCGAUGUAACUCAAGACAGCACUUGCUAUGAAAUAGUUUCUAUGACUAACGAACAAGAUCAGCGUAUAAUUGUUGCAAAUGAUGCGAAUGAAGCACGAUUGGUAGGUGAAGUUGUUAUAUCAUUACCAUUGCGAAACGAGAGAUGAUUAAAAAUAAGAAUAUGUACAGUCUCAUGCGAUAUCUCCGUGAAAUAAAAAUUAGUACAAAACUUAUA